CCCAAUUCCAGAAGAGGACAGCUAAACAAGUGAAAACUGUUUAUUAGCUAAACUGACUACAGUCUAUUAGCUCAAAUCUUAAGUAAAUCACAGCGCCAGAUCGGUGUACCGCGGAGACAAAGAGAGGAGGAGGGGCGGGGUUUCAGGAGUUUUACAUGAGACGAGAUAUUGCUUCCUAGUUAAGCUUACUGGUGUGUGUGUGUGUGUGUAGAUGUGUGACAGCGGUGUGUGUGAAGACAAGCCCCCCGCCCCCCCUGUCAGAAUGAACAGCCAAGGAGGCGGAGCCAAGGACUCCGUGUCGGGCAACUACAACUCUCGGUCCCUCCCCUCUGUUCCUGAGGAGAAACAGAAACGAAAUAAAAUCAUCUCCAUGUUCGCCUCCGAGAAAGGAGGCAGGAAGAAGGAUCGUGAUAAGGACAACAGACCAGAGAUCUCUUCUCCGUCAGACUUUGAACACACCAUCCAUGUGGGCUUCGACGCCGUCACAGGAGAGUUCACAGGCAUGCCGGAGCAGUGGUCCAACCUGCUCCAGACGUCUAACAUCAGUAAAUCGGAGCAGAAGCAGAAUCCUCAGGCUGUUCUGGACAUUCUCAAGUUCUAUGACUCCUCCACUGCAAAACAGAAAUACCUCUCCUUCUCAGAAAAAGAUGCACAGUCGCCUGGAAAGCAGGGUGCCACGUCCUCGCCAUCCGGCGGUAAAGACGGUGAAGAUGAUGACGAUGAUGGAGACGAAGCUCCACCCCCUAUUGUGGCACCACGGCCUGAGCACACCAAAUCAGUGUACACCAAGUCUGUCAUCGACCCACUUCCUCCGCUGCCAGAGCCUGACUCCGCCUCCAACAGGAACAAGAAGAAACAGCAGGGCAAGAUGACUGACGAGGAAAUCAUGGAGAAAACUAGAACCAUCGUCAGUAUUGGAGAUCCCAAAAAGAAGUACACACGCUAUGAGAAGAUCGGCCAGGGAGCGUCUGGUACUGUCUACACAGCCAUCGAUGUUGCCACUGGUGCAGAGGUAGCUAUCAAACAGAUCAACCUCCAGAAACAGCCGAAGAAGGAGCUGAUCAUCAACGAGAUCCUGGUGAUGAAGGAGUUACAACAGCCUAACAUCGUCAACUACGUAGACAGUUUCCUGGUAGGUGAGGAGUUGUUUGUGGUGAUGGAGUAUCUGGCUGGAGGUUCGCUCACGGACGUUGUCACGGAAACAUGCAUGGACGAGGCUCAGAUCGCUGCCGUGUGCAGAGAGUGUCUGCAGGCUCUGGAGUUUCUCCAUGCCAACCAGGUGAUCCACAGAGACAUCAAGAGUGACAACGUGCUGCUGGGCAUGGACGGAUCUGUCAAGCUCACUGACUUUGGGUUCUGUGCCCAGAUCACUCCAGAGCAGAGUAAAAGAAGCACCAUGGUGGGGACUCCCUACUGGAUGGCUCCUGAGGUGGUGACCAGGAAGGCCUACGGACCCAAGGUGGACAUCUGGUCCCUGGGCAUCAUGGCUAUAGAGAUGGUGGAGGGAGAACCCCCUUACCUCAACGAGAACCCACUCAGGGCCCUCUACCUGAUAGCCACCAAUGGGACUCCAGAGCUCCAGUCUCCAGAGAAGUUAUCUCCAGUGUUCAGGUCCUUCCUGUCCCGCUGUCUGGAGAUGGAUGUAGAGAAGAGAGGAGGGGGGAAAGAACUACUGCAGCAUCCAUUCCUAAAGCUGGCCAAGCCUCUCUCCAGCCUCACCCCUCUCAUCCUGGCAGCCAAGGAGGCCAUGAAGAGUAACCGCUAACCCUGGUUAGCCACAGAUACACUGGAUUCCUAUGUCUCUAUGUUAGCCUGAGCGCUAACUACUAGCCUUACCAGCUAACUUCCAGCCCUACUGUGCCAACUCGUCAGUGCCUCUCUGUAACUGACAGCAUCUCCUCCUUGAUGCUAAACACCAGCCUGCUAGCACCCUGGCUCGUACACCUACAAGUCACACAAGUCGGCUUCCUGCUCUGUUUGACUCCCCUUCCCCUCUGUCCUUCACCCCUCACUCCAUAUCACACACCAGUCUUCCUAUGUCUUUUACCCCCUGUCUGUCUGUCCCUCACACCCCCCCUCAUCUGUCCCUCACCCCCCUCCUCAUCUGUCCCUCACCCCUCACUCCAUAUCACACACCAGUCUUCCUAUGUCUCUUACCCCCUCCCUGUCUGUCCCUCACCCCCCCUCCUCAUCUGUCCCUCACUCCUCACUCCAUAUUACACACCAGUCUUCCUAUGUCUCUUACCCCCUCCCUGUCUGUCCCUCAUCCCCACUCCUCAUCUGUCCCUCACUCCUCACUCCAUAUUACACACCAGUCUUCCUAUGUCUCUUACCCCCUCCCUGUCUGUCCCUCACCCCCCCUCCUCAUCUGUCCCUCACUCCUCACUCCAUAUUACACACCAGUCUUCCUAUGUCUCUUACCCCCUCCCUGUCUGUCCCUCAUCCCUACUCCUCAUCUGUCCCUCACCCGCUCUCCAUUUUCCUCACCCUCUUUUUCAUUCAGAUGUUGUGAGGUUUUCUUGUUCUGUUUGUCUCUUCCUGCUACCUGUUCUUUCUCUCUCUUUACUCUGACUAAGAAACUUAAAGGCGCAAUCUGUAACAUUUUUUGUCCCACAAACAAAUGGUUCAUUUCAAGCCUCCAGUAUCAGUGUUGCAGUACACCUUCAAAUAAAACUACAGAUUGCACCUUAAAAAGAAUUGCUGUAUGGAACUAUCUCUGUAUUCAAUUCAAAUAUUUUGGCAGCAAAACCAAAUAAAACAUUUCAAAGUCGUUUUGUAUAUUAUGUACUUUGGCAAACGUUGAGGGGUAAAAAAUCUGGAUAUUUAGACAACUGUUUUUUAAUGUGUAUGAAUACUUUUCAUUUGGUGUUUUGUGACUAACAUUCUGAUAGAAAGCUUCCAUUACGGUGUGCCUUAAUGAACACAACAUCUAGGCUCUAUGGGGUGAAUCCUCACUUUCACCUCAUUAAGUUGAAUUGUCACUUAGUCUCCCAUUGACAUCAACGUAUGACUACGUGAAAACGGGAUUUAAGUGGAAGUUAGGAUUUGCUCCAAUGAUUGGCCAAUCAAAAAGCAUUCCACCGUGCUAGACUAGUUCCAUUCCAUUUCACAGACAUUCCAGUCAGAGAGGUUGAUUGGUUGAGUCUGAUGAUGUUGAUGAUUUUAAUAAGUAUCCCCUUCUGUUGUUCAUUUUUAAUUAAUGAAACCAAACUGUUUUUUUUACAGGAAGCCAUGUAUUUUCAAACAGUCUAUGUAAAUGAUUAAAGAUAGACUUGAACUAA